AUGUCACAAAAAGUUGCACUAAUUACAGGUACUAAUUCAGGUAUUGGACAUUCAUUAUCUUUAGAAUUAAAUUCAAGAGGUUAUAAAGUUUAUGCAACAGAUUAUAAAUUUAAUGAAGAAAUUUUAAAAGAAUUUGCUAAUAAUAAUAUUGAAACUGAAACUUUAGAUGUUAGAUCUUCUCAAGAUAUUAAAAAAAUUCAUGAUUUAAUUCAAUCAAAAGAAGGUAGAUUAGAUUUACUUUAUAAUAAUGCAGGUAUUGUUCAUAUUAGUCAUUGUGUUGAUUUAAUUGAUGAAGAUAUUGAAAAUUUAUAUGAAAUUAAUUUAUUUGGUCCAAUGAAAAUUACAAGACAAUUUACUAAAUUAUUAGUUAAAUCUCAAGGUACUGUUGUAUUUUCAGGUUCUGUUACCAAGAAUAUCCCAGUUCAUUCAAAUUCUUUAUAUACAUCAUCAAAAGCUGCUUUAGAUCAAUAUGUAUCUGUAUUACAAUUAGAAUUAAGAAAUUAUAAUGUUAAAGUUCUAAGUGUCCUUGGUGGUUAUAUUAAAUCAAAUAUUUAUGAUACAAAACAAAAAAAUCCAAUACCAAUUGAUUCAAUUUAUAAUUUUGAUCAAUAUAAUGAAGCAUUCUCCAAGAGAAAACAAGCAUUUGCCAAACAAGAAUCUAAAAAAAUGGAAACUGAUGUAUUUGUUAAAAGAGUAUUGAAUCAAAUUGAAAAUGCUACUUUGGAUACUUUUAGAAUUUUUGAAGGUGGUCAUGCUUCAAGAUUAUAUUAUACUCCUUUCUUUAUUUCAAGAUCAAAAUUAGUUAAUUCAAUGUUGGAUUUAUUUGGUUUAAAUUUUAAUUAUAGAGAUCAUUUAACUGAAACUGUUUAA